UGCCGUGACUGGUGGCGGAGUAUAUUUGCACGGAACAGUUUUAAGAUUUCAGUUGUCGUAAACGGUUGCUACGCGCCAGCAGCGAGUUCUUGAUGAUGCGCUAAAUUUGAAACCAAUAUUAAAAACUCAAGUACUUUGCCAAAACCAACAUUUUUAAAAAAGCAAUUAUAAAGCUUACAAAUUUACAUUAUCAACUGUAUCUUCAACUGCAACGCCAAAGUCGUCAGUCAUUGUAAUUUCAAUUUCAUUCGUGUUCAAAAUUCAAAAGUGUUUCGAGGUCAACGCGCUUGUUGCUUUAGCACCCGCCAUUGUUAAACAUUUUUUCGACAUACUUCAAAUUUGGGUAUCACCUUUAUGAUAAUUAUUUAAAUUAGUCAGCAGCUCAUUUUCCAUUUCAGUUCAGCGAGCAAAAGGUCCAAAAGUCACUAAAGGACGAUAGUAAUAGCGUGAACGCCAAUUUUUAACUACUUUUCGACGCAGAUAAUUGAAUCAUAAAGGGCGAGGGAGAGUAAAAACAAGAGCAGCUACAGGAAAUCUGGCCAAACGUCAUUGUUGGAAAUGUGUUAAACAAAACCAAGUUAAUAAUUGCCAUAAAGCGAAUGAAAAGCGCGCCCGAACAAAGCAGAGAACAGCACGUAGCAGAAAAGAAUAUUGUAAGAGGCAAAGGCAAGCAAUGCAAAUAAAUGGCAGCGGCACAACUUAAUUAAUGUUGAAUGAAGACGAGCAGGAGGGACGAGCAGCGCAGGAAUAACGAAUAUUUUUGUAAUAAAAAGCGGAAAUUAAAACGCAAUGUGGCUGAUGCCGCCGAUGUUGCUUCCACAUCCUCUUCUCAGCAUCUCGGUGGACACAACAAAGUGGACGAAAUUGCUAUUGAAAGAGCGCGCACGUUUAUUGGGUGUGCAACAACGACGAUAACAACAGCAAUAUAAACAGAAACCGAUAUAAAAAAAAAGCAUACAUUCAUUUAUAUUAAGCAUAUAUACUUUUUACAAGCAACGACUGAAACUUAAACAACAACAAACACCAACAAUAAAAAUCAAGCAAAAAACAAUUAACUUAGCCAAAAAUAAAUAAGCAAACGAAUAAAAACCAAAUUACUCUUAAGUUGGUGGCUGCUACAAACUAGGCAAAAGUUCAAAUUAGAGCAGGCAACAACAAUUACUAUAGCAACAACGAAAGCAACGAAAACGAGGCAUAAUUGAAGCGCUUCUGAAUUUUAUGCAUGAAAUAGCUAGAAACAAGGCAAUACAAACACAACUUCUGCCAAGAAACUGAACAACAAUAACAACACACACACACAACAAGUACCAGCAAGGAGUGGCAGCAACAGCCCAUCAACAGCUACACAUGAACACGCUGACAUUGCCACACUAAACUGUCAAGAAAGGCGGAACACAUACGAAAAUUUCUCGUCAACUUUCGCCGGCGGCGCUGGCUGGUAUCAAGCUCAUCAACGUGGCAACGUGGCAACCACGACACCACAUUGCCAGCAACACAGCAGCAGGCACCAAAUAACAUCAUUAUCGUCAUCAGCAACAGCAACAGCAGCAGCAGCAGUAACGCAUUCACGCAUCCGUAGCCACUGUCACAGUUAGUCGUUGACCAAGGCUGACAGCCCAGUCAGGCAAAGCACGCGUCUCUCCAUCAGCAUCCACAUCCACAUUCACACAUCCCCACCAGUGCCUGCCUAUUCCUGUUCCUGUCCCUGUCACUGUCCCAAUGAAUUUGCUGUGCUGCUGUUGUUGCAGUAACAUGGCACCGAAUCAGCGCAUCACACGCAAAUGGGAACUAUUUGCCGGACGCAAUAAAUUCUACUGCGAUGGAUUGCUAAUGUCAGCACCGCAUACGGGCGUCUUCUAUUUGACGUGCAUUCUAAUCACCGGCACCAGUGCGCUCUUCUUUGCCUUCGACUGCCCAUAUUUGGCCACAACCAUUAAUCCAGUGAUACCCAUUGUGGGGGCCGUUUUAUAUUUCUUUACAAUGAGUUCCUUGCUGCGUACAACAUUCACAGAUCCUGGCGUUAUACCGCGUGCCUCCAAUGACGAGGCUGCCUAUAUAGAAAAGCAAAUUGAAGUGCCAAACUCACUCAACAGCCCCACAUAUCGACCCCCGCCCCGCACCAAGGAGGUGCUCGUCAAGGGACAGACGGUCAAAUUGAAAUAUUGUUUCACCUGCAAAAUAUUUCGACCGCCACGCGCAUCGCAUUGCAGUCUUUGCGAUAAUUGUGUGGAUCGUUUUGAUCAUCAUUGUCCUUGGGUGGGAAAUUGCGUGGGGAAGCGUAAUUAUCGCUUCUUUUAUUUGUUUCUAGUCUCAUUGGCAUUUUUAGCUGUAUUUAUAUUCUCAUGUUCUGUGACGCAUUUAGUUUUAUUAAUGAAAACCGAGAAUGAGGUCUUCGAAGUAAUAAAGAAGGCGCCCUUUACUGUGAUUGUUGUGUUCAUUUGUUUCUUUUCGAUAUGGUCGGUAAUUGGACUGGCUGGUUUUCACACAUAUCUGACCACAAGCGAUCAGACAACGAAUGAAGAUCUCAAGGGCUCGUUUUCAUCCAAGGGCGGUCCGCGCACACAGAAUCCCUAUUCGCGUGGCAACAUUUGCCUGAACUGCUGCCACAUAUUGUGUGGUCCCAUGACGCCCUCGCUGAUCGAUAGACGCGGCAUUGCCACCGAUGAGUAUAUCCAGCAAAUGCAACACCACCAUUCCAGUCCGCGUCAUCCGCUUAGUGAUGUGAUGAGUGGCGGUGGCGCCCACCUGGUAACCACUUCGCAGCCCAUGUUGGGCGGCAUAAGUGGUGCUGGGGGCGGCAUCAGCAUUGGUGGUGCGGAACUGAAACCGCGCUAUUACGAUGAGUCAAAUCCCUCCUCUUCGACCCUGGAGGGCAAUGGUUUGGCCGCUGGUGCCGCCGCAGCUGCCAAUGGCCAUCAUGGCAACGGGUUUGACAGGCCGCCCAGCUACGAUAUGUUACAGAACGGUAAGUCCCGCAGACAGCAGCAUCAAAGGUGCUCGCUGCAAACCCUACUACCCGCUAGCGCCCAGCAGCAAUUUAAGGCCAACAAGCACAAGCAGCUCAAGCAGCAGCGCGAGCAUCAACACAAGCAGCAGCUUGUGGCAGCGGAGCUGCAACAGCUGCAGCAUGAGACGCACAGCGGUCUGGGCACGCCGCCCGCGCUGAUGCGCUCGCCCGCGAGCACCUCCUCGUACCGCCUGAAUCUGAAGCGUUCGCUGCACUUGCCACUCACUCCAUCGUACGAUGAUGCACGCAACUCGCCACUGCCCCUGUUGCACCAUCAUGUGCACUCACAGCACACCACAGCCAUAGGUAGCGUGUCUGCUGCAGCAGCAGUUGCCGCAGCGGCCAGUGGUGGUGCUAGUGGUGCUAGUGCUGGUGGCUGUGGCGGGUCCUCCUCCUCGACAACAGCACCAACAUCUGCCUCUAUAGGAACAACAACAAAUACAGCAGCUCUGCCACCACCACCGACGGCGCCGCGUCGCCCCUCAUCGCUGCAACUGCAGGCCAGUGCCGUGCACUCUGCCAGCAACACAACCCUGACCACCAUACACACAACGGCGCCACAGCCGCCGGCACCUAGCGACUUUAAAUAUUAUUCCCCGCAACGUAGCACGGAAUCGAAAUUUUUGCGGAAUUUUGCGUUCCCGAAAUCGGCGCGCAGCAUGCGACGCCAAAGUACACAGAGCGUAGACUCACAAAAGGUCAAUAUAGCUGGAUACCACCCGCUGCCUAUGCGGAAGCCGUAUAAACAUCAGGAGGUCAUGUUCGAACUUAAAUCACCGACCAAUCGACUGACCAUUCGCGAAUGUGAUUUUGGCGGUGGCGGCGAACCCUGCGACGACGAUCAGUCGAUCAAGGACAGCCAGAUCUUUCGUGUUAGUAAACGAAAUCUUUAUAUGAAUCAUCGAUCGCCAUGGAAGGAGCGCGAUCGCUAUUCGAAUCUGUACGAAUACUCGUUCAACAUUGAUCUCAAUUCGAUUAUUGAGGAUGCGGCGGGCAGCGAUUCGUCAUAGUACUACGCAGCAGCUGGGGCGCAAGAAAACACUGCCGCCGACAGCGACCCCACAAUGGUCGCUGUCCUUGUUCACUACUUUGAUUGGUUGUUAAACGUUGUACAUAAUAGACAAAUACUACAUGUUGUAGGCCAUCAUGAUAAUGGCGCGACAGUUAUUGCCAAAUUUUCGUUACUGUUACCGCUGUUCUCAGUCUAGGCAGCACGAAUUAUAAAAUACUGCAUUUAUGCGAAGAUCGAAAUAUCUGAUUUAAAUAUUUUUGGCAUUCAGUUAUCUUUUGUGAUAAAACAAACAUUUAAAAGGAUUUAAAGGAUUGCGAAAACGAGACCAAAGCAAAAAAAUCAUGUUUGGAUUUCUUAUAAAAACGAAUCAAUUAGUUCUUUUCAAGAAGCUCUUUGAUUGUAUUAAUUACUGAUAUUCUUCAA